GCUUGAAUCCUAAGGCGACAAGAGAAAUAAAAGCAUCGAAAAGCCUCUCCGGCAUAAAAUAGAAAAGUCUUAAAAGGUAAGAACGAUGCAGCAGUUCAAGAAUAUAUCGAAUGGUCUUUGUUCGACUACCUUGCAAUAGUGGUAUUGAUUGGUUUGUCAUUCCGUUCUUCAAAACUUUCAUUUCGUUUGCACUCAAGGCAUAUUUUCGUCUGAUCGUUGCGUGUUUCUUAUCGAUUUUUCGUCGCUGUCAGUCUUUGAAUAGCUUCACUCAGCCUAGAAAAUAAAAAAGAAUCAUAACACCAUGCCGAAGGAGGGAAAAUGUGUCAAGAAGGCCGCUACCGCAAAGCACAAGAUUACAGCUAGCAAAUCUACGAAAGGAUUGACUUCUUCGCAACAAAAAAUGAUUGACACCAUCGCUGCGAUAUCGCUUCAGAUGCAGAACAACGUCGUGAGUCGUUCGAUUGUUGCGAUGCAACUAAAGCUUACGUUGAAAAGCGUGAACAAUGCGCUUUCCAAACUAAAACAAAAAGGGCUGGUGACAAUGGAUACGGGUGUUUCUGUUUCCAUCACCCAGGAUGGAGUCGAGCAAGCAAAUCUUGAUUCUGCCAAAAUAUGCAAAAAUAAUCGAGAACACCACUUGAAUACAAUGGAUACUUUCAAACUCACGCCCAAGCAACGUCAAUUGUUUGAAGAGCUUUCCGACGGAAGCAGAAAGACGAAGAAGAACGUUGCUUCGUCGUUGGGAUACAACCGCAUGAAAUCUUUCCAAAAUUUGUUGAUGCCCCUAAAGAAGUUUGGAAUCCUAUGCUAUGAUAAAGAUACUCUCUGGCUUAGUGAUGCGAUGUUUAUCUUCGAGGCUCGCAAGGAGAGUGGUCCUUGAGUGCAGAAGCUGCCUUCAAAAACUGCUGUUUUACAAAGCACUCGUACAUACCCGCACGUACAAGAUGGGCAAUUUCACAAACGUUCUGU